AUGUCCCGAUCCGCCGCCGACGCGACACGAUUCACGGCCACAGGGCCCUACGCCAAUUCAAAAGCCGGCUCUAGCCCAUCCACGCCCUACAAACUCCCGGCAUUCAUGUCUUCCCCCGGACAAAAGGGUCAAGGGGACCACCAGGAAACACCACGGGAGAAGGUGGAACGGCUCCGGGCGCAGGCACGGGCGGCGCGGCUGGCACAGUCAACGAACAAUGUGGACUCGAUGAUUGACCGGGGCAGACGGAUUGCGAAUAAGGCUCACAAGGCGAUGGUUUACACGCUUAUUGCUGCUUCUGGCAUCUGCGGCGCCCUAACGGUCUAUUCCGUCAUCUCAUUGACACUCUACAACCGCCGCCAGAAGGCUCUCUGGCUGGACCGCGAACUGGAGAGACUGCGCGAGGCGCAGACGGCUGCCGCCAGCGGGACGGCAACAGCCGAGCAGUUGGAGAUGGUCAAGAACGAGCAAAUCGGCCAGCUGUACCAGCAGAAGAAAGAGGAGGAAAAGGCCAAGCGGCCCUGGAACCAGAUGAAGACGUAUCUGUUUGGUGGGUUGAAAUCAGAGGAAUCCACAGCAUCGACGACAACAACCACAUCAGCAACAGCAUCAACAUCCUCGAUACAAGACGCAGCCGCGCAGACGAAUUCCCCCGUGCUGAACGCACUCAACGCCAAGGCCAUCCAAGACGCGAGAUUGGCCGACUCCUCCGCCGCAUCCGCAUCCGCACCAGCCACGGCACAGGCACAGGGACACGGCCAGCUGGACGCUCUGGCCGAGAACGCCGAGCAGGCCGUCAAGCAGACGUCGCGGAGCUGGAAGAGCUGGUUGACCGGUCGGUAG